AUGAGUCAGUCGCGAAGCACUGACGACGAAGACAGCGAGGAUACUGUAACAACCGCUUAUUUGCCUACCGAGGGUAAGAUCUACUGUCUUAUGACUUCAUUAAAAGAUUUUAAGACUGAUGUUGAUCAACAGUCUUAAAAAUAUUUUAAAAUUUCAGUAGAAAGUACCCAGCUGAGUGGCAUCUCGGUUCUUACCUACAGCUUGACCUCGGUACCUGAUGAGCCUUUCAACCAUGCUGAACGACAGCUGGAGCGGCUUUUGAAUCAGCGGAAUAUCAUCAUGAACGAGUACCAUGAAAUCAGAAUGAACGAGGGACCGGUUUUGACUUUAUUUGGAGUUCGUAUCACGACUGGCCUUGUAGGUUUUUAAUUUUAAAUUUUUGGUAACAAUAGGAAGUGAGGGCGCAGUUAGAACGUCUUUUUUAUACAAAACUUUUGCUUUGAAGCCGUGGCCAAAGGCUAGUUGGAACACGUCUUUUAGAUGCUGUUGGCCCUGUUUGAGUAUGUUUUGUCGUAUUUUAAAUAUUAAACUACCUUUUCUGCCACUUUAGGACCUUCUGAAGAGCUACUCUGUCUUGUACUGGUUCUUCAUGUGUACUCGGAUCAUCAUGCGCUUCGACCUGUACCUGUUUAUGGCUCUGUUUGGUACAGUUAGUACCUUCUUUAGCAGUUUUAGUCUAGCCUCGGACUAUACUUACUUUCUGGUACCGAUGGUACUGGCAUUAUUCUUGGAAGUACUCAUCGCCGUCAAACAGUUGUACGUCAUCUUGGUCUUGCUCCCCGGUCUGUAAGUUGUUUUACUGUACUUUUAUAGUGGCCUAUGAUUAGUAAUGUAACUCUUCUUUAUAGUGUGGCUUCCUUUAUUGAUAACUUAUGUCAAUAUUUAUUAUAAAUAACUUAAUAAAUGGUCAAAAGUGAAUAGAACUACAGAUGAGAGUGUUAGCCAUGUUUACUUCUACUUAAUAACUUAACAUUACCUGAACUACUAUAAUUUAUGAUUUCCAGAUCUCUGACUAGCUACGAAAGUUACUCUCACCUCUUCGGCACAUUACUAUCACUAGACUUGAUUAACAAUGACGUAAGGUAA